CAUACAUCAGAACACCACGUAUUCGCAAUGCAACUCGAGGUUGGAAUAUAGCCUUAUAAACGGACCACCUCUGAUCACAAGACGUCGCUCAAACCAUUAAGGAUACAUACAAUACAAUAAUGGUUGACUGAGAUCAUUCCGAGAUUAUUUAGAAUACAGUGUUGAUGUGAGGCUUGCGGGCGCGGACAGAAAGAACAUUCAGUGCUGUCAGGAGACGUCAUGGAGGGGAAGAUCAGCUUACCCAAUGCAUCACAGAACAAGCAUCCACUGCCCGAUGAUGCAGAACACUCGAACCGGAGCGCCAUAGAGGGGAAGAUCAGCUUACCCACUGCAUCUCAGAACAACCAUCCAUUGUCCGAUGAUGCAGAACACUCGAACCAUUCGAUAUGCUGUUCUCAAAGACUGAUUGUGGUAUUAAUGGUUUUUUUGGGGGGAGUUAUGGUUGAGACCAACAGGUCAAAUCUCAGCAUGGCCAUCGUGUGCAUGGUCAACGACACCACCGGCAACUACAUCAACGGUACAAAGACAAUACAAACACAAUCAGAGAAUGCGGAGUUCUACUGGUCUAAGGGAGAACAGUCUGGAAUUCUCAGCGCGUAUUACUAUGGGUACAUGGUAACACAGAUUCCAUCUGGAAUACUGGCCGCGAAAUAUGGCGGGAAAAACGUCAUGUUUAUUGGGAUGCUGAUUGGCUCGACCGCCUCAUUGCUUCUACCAAUCAGCGCCCGGACGUCCAUCUAUCUGGUGUAUGCACUGAGGGUGAUUCUUGGGCUGGCCAUGGGAGUCUUUAACCCGACUAUACAGUCCAUGAUUGGCAGAUGGGCGCCGCCAUUGGAGAGAACCAUACUUACAGCUAUCUGCUAUUCAGGAUUUUCGUUUGGAAUCAUAGCCACGUUCACAAUAUCAGGAUAUAUGUGCAUCUAUGGUUUCGAUAAUGGCUGGGGGUCCAUUUUCUAUGUUCCAGGAGCUAUAUCGAUGUUAUGGUGCUGCCUGUGGUAUAUAACGAUCGCCAGCACACCAGCUCAGCAUCCUCGAAUCUCGAAGAGGGAGCGGAACUACAUUAUUCAGGGAAUAGGGGAGACAUCGCAGACUUACAAAACGCCAUGGGCGGCCAUUUUGGUGUCUCCCGCGUUUCGGGCGUUUGUAGUCGGACAUGUGUGUUUCGCCUGGCUCGUGUACACUCUGACGACCAAUACACCUACGUUUUUCAAGGAGGUUCUGAACUUUGAUAUAGCAGAGAACGGGUUGUUGUCCGCCGUCCCCUCUACCAGCCAGACUGUUUUUGGGCUGCUGGCCGGUCAGGUCUCAGACUAUCUCCGGUCAAGGAAAUACCUCAGCACAACAGCCACUCGGCGGAUAUUUCAGAGUAUUGCAUUCCUUGGGGCAGGUGCGUGUCUGGUUGGCACAGGCUUUAUGGACGCUGAGAAGCGAUAUUUUGCAGUAUUUCUGUUAGCAGCUGCAAUGGCAUUCAUGGGAUUGACGACAGCCGGAGUGCUGGUCAACACCGCCGACUUUGCUCCAAGAUACGCUGGAAUAUUGUUCGGUAUUUCUAACACUGUUGCAACAACACCAGGGAUGUUAGCACCUCUCCUUGCCGGCAUCCUAACACCGAAUAAAACUCAGGAAGAAUGGCGGAACGUGUUCUACGUCUGUGGGGGAGUCUGCAUCCUUGGAACUUUGGUGUUUGGCACCCAGGCCAGGGGGGAGCUGCAGCCCUGGGCCGUGGAACAGGCGACGGUGGACGUGGAGGAGGGGGAGGGGCGGGAUGUAACAGGGGGGGUGACCAAUGAUGUUGUUAUCAACGGGAGGCCUAAAAACAACACGACAUUCAUGUCAACCAAUCUAUAA